AUGCGCAGGUCUCCCGCGCGGUCGACGCUGGGCCUGUGCCUCUCGCUCGCGUGCCUAGCGCUGGUGUGGCACGCGCUCACCCUCGCGGGCUGGCUCACCUCGCGCGUCACCGCCGCGCGGGGCUACCUCCGCGACGUCGGGGACCUCACCGAUCUCGCGGAGCGCCCCGGGAUCCGGGAGGCGGUGCGUUCGGUCGUGGCGUCUGGGGCGCUCGCGCGGCUGGAGAGGGACGUGGUCGGCAGGCUUCACGUCGUGGACGACGAGACGAUGUCCGUCGGCGUGGACGUGAGCCACAGCGGCGAGGCGACGUGGGUCUACCGGCGGUACCAGCAGGCGCUCCGAUCGUCGUCGUCGCCCGGGAAGAGGGACGGGAACAAGUCGGCACGAUUGGACCCCGGCUUCGCGCCCCUCGUCGUCGACGUCGGCGCCAACGACGGCUUCCUCAGCUCCAAUUCCUACAACCUCGCGCGUUGGGGGUUCUCCACCGUACUCGUCGAACCCAAUCCCGCCAUGCUCGCCCUCGCCAGAGAGGCGCAGGAGCCGAUGAUCGAUCCCUACCACGAGGGGGUUCAGCGCGGCUGUUACGUCAACGCGGGGAUGGCGGGGGUGGAGGCGGCGACGACGAUGAAACUGAAGGUGGGCGGGGACGUCGUGGCGAUGGAAUCGUCGCUCGUGGACGUCGGCGGCGCGAGCGGCGGCGGCGGCGUGGGCAAGAACGGGCGGGGCGACGACUCGAGGGAGCAAAAGUUGGCGCAGCUGCGAGGCGGCGGGGCUUGGGGCGGGGACGUCAUCGAGGUCGACGUGCUUCCCGCGUCCGAGGUGGCGAAGCGGUGCGACGUCCCCAAGGACUUCGCGCUCCUCUCUGUGGACGCGGAGGGCGUGGGAGACGCCGUGCUCCGGGAGUGGAUCGUCGCGGGGCACAAGCCUCGAUGGAUCCUUUACGAGUCAAUGCACAACCCGACCCCUUUUGACGUCACCAAGGAGUGGCUCGAGGGCAAGGGGUGGAGGUACGUCCGGAAGAUCGGGUGGAACCACGCGUUCGAGCUUGAGGAGCUCAGCGCGCGGCUCAGGCCGGUGCCAUAA